GUUAAAUGCAAAGGUCGUUAUCGCUUCUUCUUCUUCUUGUUCAGCUCUGCCCUUUGCCCCUUUUCCUCUUCGCCCCCUUUAACGAGUCUUGUUGCUCUUGGGUUACGACGAUCACAUCACAGCUCACUUGUCACCGGCGACGAUUGCCACUUUGUUGAGUCGGUGUCUGGGCUUGGCACGUAGAGUCCUACAUACCUACAUACCAACAUACCUACUCGAUUGCUUUUCUUCUUCUUCCCUACACACGGACAUCUCCUACCACACGUCUACAUGAGCGACGCCAGAAACAGCCUCCGUCCCGCGAGCAUGGCGGACUCGGAGAAGACGGCCACGUCGAGCCAUAAUGUCGGGACUGGCGAUGCAAAGGGGGUGGUUGAGACAGUGGUGCCUGCUGCGGCGCCGGCGAGCGACAUGGGAGAAAAGACGUCGCGACCCAAUUCAGCAAAUGGCCUCGCUGCAGUCGACGACGACUUCGAGUACCCGACCAAAUGGAAGCUGGCUGCCAUUACCGUGGCGCUCUGCCUGAGUGUGUUUUGCAUGGCGCUGGACAACACCAUCAUCGCCACAGCCAUCCCUCGAAUUACAGACCAGUUCAAGGCCCUCAACGACGUCGGCUGGUAUGGCUCCUCCUACCUGCUUACCACGUGUGCGACGCAGCUCAUGUACGGAAAAUUCUACACGUACUACUCGAUCAAAUGGGUCUACCUGACCGGCCUCGCCAUCUUCGAACUCGGCUCGCUGAUCUGCGCCGUGGCACCAAACUCGAUUGCUCUGAUCCUGGGCCGCGCCAUUGCUGGUGUCGGUGCUGCGGGCAUCUUCUCGGGUGCUAUUUUGAUCGUCUCUGUUACGGUGCCACUGCGUCAGCGCCCCACGUACAUGGGACUGAUCGGAGGAAUGUACGGUAUCGCCAGUGUUGCUGGGCCACUUAUGGGCGGAGCCUUCACCGACCACAUCUCCUGGCGCAUGUGCUUCUACAUUAACCUCCCUUUCGGCGCGAUUACAGCCGCUUUCAUCAUCCCCUUUCUCAACGUCAAGCGCCGCGGGGCAAAGAUCGAGGCGACGUGGAAAGAGCAGGUUCAAAAGUUCGACCUCCACGGUACAGCGUGCUUCUUGCCGGCCAUUGUGUGCUUGUUGCUCGCGCUCCAGUGGGGUGGCAGCAAGUACCCCUGGAAAGACGGACGCAUCAUUGCGCUCCUGGUCCUUUUUGUCCUCCUCAUGUGCGGCUUUCUGGUCGUGCAGUGGUGGAAGCAGGAAGAUGCUACGGUUCCUCCGCGCGUGUUCCUCAACCGCAACGUCUGGGGAGGCGCCUUCUUUGUCGCCAUGCUGGGAGCCUCGUUUUUCGUCAUGGUCUACUAUCUUCCCAUCUGGUUCCAGGCCAUCAAGGGAGCCUCGGCGACCAAGUCCGGAAUCAUGAAUCUCCCGGCCAUCCUCGGCCUUGUGCUCAUCUCCAUGAUCACCGGUGGCCUGGUUACCUACAUUGGCUACUACACGCCCUUCAUGCUCAUCUCUUCGGUUCUGCUGACGAUCGGAGCCGGGCUGCUCUCGUCGAUGAAGGUUGACAGCGGCUCGCCCGAAUGGAUCGGCUACCAGUUCCUCUUCGGAGCGGGCGUGGGUUUCGGCAUGCAGCAGCCGCUCGUUGCUGUUCAGACGGCUCUUCCGGCGGCCGACAUCCCCAUUGGCACGGCGACGAUGAUGUUCUUCCAGACGCUGGGCGGAGCUCUUUUCAUCUCGGUGGCCCAGAACGUCUUCACCAACAAGCUCAUUGACAAUCUCGCCAGCACGGUGCCGGAUCUUGACUCCGGCCUUGUUCUUCGCACGGGCGCCACGGAGCUCAAGAACGCCAUCGACCCCCAGUACAUUGGAGGCGUGCUCUCGGCGUACAACGAGACUCUGACGCAGACAUUCUAUGUUUCGGUUGCGUGUGGAGCACUCUCGAUCAUCGGCGCUGCGUUCGUCGAGUGGAAGUCGAUGAAGGGCAAGCAGAUUACCAUGGCUGCUGCGUGAGGCGUUUCCAUUGAAUUACUCGCAAGGAGAAUUUGGACUUGAGUGUUGAAAGGCCCGCCCGAGGGCCCCUGUAUGAUACCCUUUUCUGAGCAUGUCGGCAUUGACUACAUAAUAGCAAGCGCGGCGUUGGCGUAUUUGGCUGGGUCUAUGAUAGAUUGGCGGCUUUUUUUUUUCUUGGACCGGUUACGACUCUUCGCCCUCCCUCGAGAAAAUAGAUAUUGCACUACUAGUACCAUUUAAUACAUGUUCAUGCAAG